GUGUAGGCAUCAAAGAUGGUUGCCCUUCAAUUGAAGCAAAGGGUCGUAGGCGUCGGCUGGGUUGGCAAGACGGAGUUUACUUCUUGGGGUUCAGUACUUUCCCUGUCAGCGGUUUCACGGUGUGUGGCAUCUUUAUAGAUCAUGGAAAACACCCAGGUUAUUGACUGGGAUGCUGAACAAGAGGAAGAGGCAGAAAUAUCCAGUGGAUCCUUGGGAUAUAGUGUGGAGCCUAUAGGGCGGCUACGUCUCUUCAGUGGUACUCAUGGACCAGAAAAAGAUUUCCCACUCUACCUUGGCAAGAACGUAGUUGGUCGAAGCCCUGACUGCUCUGUGGCCCUGCCUUUUCCAUCCAUCUCCAAACAGCAUGCAGUGAUUGAAAUCUCAGCUUGGAACAAAGCCCCUAUCCUCCAGGAUUGUGGGAGCCUCAAUGGCACUCAAAUCGUAAAGCCUCCUAGGGUCCUACCUCCUGGAGUGACCCAUCGCCUGAGGGACCAGGAAUUGAUUCUGUUUGCAGACUUUCCCUGCCAAUACCAUCGCCUGGAUAUCCCACCACCCUUGGUCCCUCGGAGUCUUCUAACUAUAGAGAAGACCCCCAGAAUACGGGGAGGAUCCCAAAACUCCAGAGUUUUGUUGGCUGAGGAUUCAGAGGAAGAAGGGGAUUUUCCUUCUGGAAGGUGUGUGGUGAAUGGAUCAAGGAAUACAGCAUCCCCUUCGGUAACAGUAGUUCCAGAAAGUGAUGAAGAGGGCUCUUCUCCAGCCCCAAGUGUCCCUGGGCCAUCUUCGCCCUUUGGUUUGGGCAGUGACACAGAUGAAGAACAAGGUCAGCAACCAGGAGUAGAGGAGUUCUCUUUAGCUGACCGCAAUGGUGCCGCAGGGGAGGCUGAGCAGCCUGAAGCUAACGGAAUGACAGCUGGCAUACAGGCUCAGCCUACUGAGCAAAAGUUGAAGGACACAAAAGUCAAGAAGGAGGCAGGCAGUUCAGGAGUUCCGGUUGGGUCAGUUCUGGAGAGGAGCCCCACCCUUGGGGAGGACGGUGACACAGAAGUGGAUGAAGAACACCAACCUUCUGGUUCUGUGGACAGUGAUACAGAUGUGGAAGAAGAAAAGAUCCCUGUAACCUCAUCUGUAGUCCCUGUGGAGAACCAAGUGCUACUUGGAGUUGGUAUAGGGGAUCCUGGAGCACCUGGUGUGGCACAUCUGCAGGACAGCCCAGCUGGUAGUGACACAGAUGUGGAGGAGGACAAGACUACCCUGGCUGUCCCUCUAGAGAGAAACCACACACCUAUGGUGAUCAACAGUGAUACAGAUGAGGAGGAGGAGGAGGUCUCAGCAGCACUCACCUUGGCCCAUCUGAAAGAGAGAGGAAUUGCUUUGUGGAGUAGAGACCCAGGCACAGAAGAGGUCAAGUCCCAACCACAGGUCCUUGUAGAACGAAGCCAGAGUGCCUCUGGGAGAGACAGUGACACGGACAUGGAGGAGGGAUCCUCAGGGGGAAAGAGAAAGAUUGUCCCUGACAGCCCUAUGGAUGUAGAUGAGGCUCUUACUGUCACACAGCCAGAGAGCCAGCCUCCCGAUAGGCCCAGUGAUAUAGACGGGGACGUGGAGAUGAGCUCCCCUGACAGCCGGCUAGCAGUACAGCGGGCCUCCUCUGCUGGGGUAGACAAGAACGGAGCACAGGUAGAGGAAGACAUCCCAGGGCCAUCUUUUACCCCAGAGGAGAAGCACCAGGUGCCUCUAGAGGGAGGCCAGCCUCCUGAGGAAGCCUGGGAAACAGCUGCGCAGGAAGGCUUCUCACCAAUGGACGUCGGAAGACUGAGCCAGCAGCCAGUAGCAGAAGCUGCUGGGACAGAGUGUGCUGCAGCUGUUUCUGAGCAGGAAAGCACUCUUGAGGUGGGAGCCCAAAGCAGGUCACCUGCAGCACCAGUGGAGCAGGUCGUAGUAUACACAGAUACUUCAGGGGAUCCCACCCUGCCACGGAGAGAGGGAGCCCAAAUCCCCACAGGAAGGGGGAGAGACGCACAUGUGGACAGGACCAAAAGUGCCAAAGAGUGCUAUGUUGAACCUGAAAAUCUGUGCCUUUCAGCUACUCAGUGCUUUGUGGAAGGGGAGAGCCAGCACCCAGAAGCUGUCCAGAGUUUGGAAGAUGAGCCUACCCAAGUCUUCCCAUGUACUCUUCUGCAAGAGCCUGGACCUUCCCACCUCAGCCUUCCGACUCCAGGUGCAGAUACCUUGGAUGUGCCUUGGGAAGUCUUGGCUACACAGCCGUUCUGUCUGAGAGAGCAGACAGAGACUUCUGGGCCUCAGCUCAUUGACACCCACCUUGAAGAUGGAUCUCAACCAUCUCUACCUAGGGAACCACCGGAACACCAACAUUUGGUUCAUACCAGUCCGGUUCACACAGAGCUGUUGAAAAUUGAAGGCAGAGAGAUACAGACUGUGGAGAAAGCCAUGGGUAUAACAAAGGAAAUAGCAGACAGGGUGGCCCGUGAGAGAGAGCCAUUGGAGAGAGAAAUCAGGGGAAGAACAGCAAACAGUGACAGAGAAGAUGUGAUAGGGGAGGAACUAACUCAGGGGACAGAGGACAGAGAAUCAAAGAAGGUGUUAGCUAGAGAUAGUCAGAGAAAAGAGGCUGACAAGGAUCCUGAAGGGAAUAGGGAGAGUUUACAGGUAGAAAUGGAGAUGUCCAAAGACUCACAGAAGAAAGAGAGAAAAGUAGAGAAGUCGGAACCAGAGAGAGAAUGGGAGCCAGGUGAUUCAGAAGUGACCCCAGAUAGAGGGCUGACAGAGGAAGGGAGCCACCAUGAUCAGAAAGGGCAAACUGCUAGUUUAACACUAAAGCCUGGAGUUGGGGUGAAGGACCUUGAGGGACUUGCAUCAGCCCCAAUAAUGUCUGGGAGCCAGGGAGAUGGAGGAAAGGGAGACCCUUUGAGCCCCAGGAGGCAGCAGAGAGGCCACUUGAGUUGCCAGAUGACACCUGCUAGAAAGGCGUCCAGGGGUGAUCCAGAGCCCCCAGACCAUUGCCUGUUUUCUCCAGUGCCUGAAGCUUCAGCUCAGAGUCUUCUCACCUCUCAGAGCCAAAAGCAAUCUACACCUCAGCCUCUGUUUUCAACCUCUUCUUCUGAGCUACCCCUUCCAGAGACUCUUCUCACAAAGCCUAAUGUCAGGCCACGGCGGUCCUCCAGGAUGACCCCCUCCCCACAUUCCUCUGUUGCUCUUAAACCUUAUACUACCUGCCCCACAAACCAGCCUGCUGCCUCUAGACCAACAUCUCGACCCACUCGGAGCAGGGCAAAUAGGUCCUCUACUAGGACCCCAGAACUGAUUGCCCCUACAGACCCUGAGCCUUCCACCUCCAUAGAGCAGCCUAUCAUCCCAAAACUUACAUCUCAGGUCACUGAGGGCAGGGCACAUAGUACCUCUGUUAAGAUGCCUGAACCAGUUCUCACAGUUCCCGAAAUCCAGUCUCCCACCACCACAGAACAGUCUGUCACCCCAGACCUCAAACCUUGGGCCAAGACCAGGCCAAGUAGGUCUCCCAACAAGACCCCAGAACCACUUACUUCUGGUCUUAAACUCGAACCUCCUACCUCCACAGAACAACCUGUUAUACCUAAACCCACUUCUCGGGUCACUCGGGGCAGGCCACGUAAGUCUUCUGUCAGGACUCCAGAACCAGUUGUCCCCAUUGGCCUUGAACUGCAGCCUCUCACCUCCACAGAACAGCCUGUUAUCUGUAAACCUAGGGCCACUAGGGGUAAAUCAAGUAAGUCUUCUAUCAAGACCCUGGAACCAGUUGUCCCCACUGGUCCUGAACUGCAGCCUCUUACCUCUGCAGAACAGCCUGUUAUCCCUAAACCUAGGGCCACUAGGGGUAAAUCAAGUAAGUCCUCUACCAAGACCCCAGAACCAGUUGUCCCCACUGGUCCUGAACUGCAGUCUCUUACCUCUGCAGAACAUCCUGUUGUCCCUAACCUCACAUCUCUGUCCUCUCAGGGUAGGUCAAGUAAGUCUAUCAGAACCCCGGAACCAGUUGUCCAAACUGGCCCUGAAUUCCAUCCAUCCACCUCAAAACAGCCUGAUAACCCUGAGCCCUCAUCUCAGGGCAGGACAUGUAGGUCUUCUGUCAGGUCUCCUGAAUCGAGUGUCUCCACAACCCCUGAACUUCAGUCUUUGACUUCUAAAAAACAGCCUACCCCCAAGACCACAGCUCUGGUCACUCGGGGAAGGAAAUAUAAACCCUCCACUGAAGAUUCUGAAUCAGUUGGGCCAGUAGCCCCUGAUUUUGAGCCUCCCAUUUCUACAGACCAUCUUGUUACCCCUAAGAUCACAGGUCAGAGCUUAACACUGCAGUCUUCACCCCUAAGUGCUUCCCCAGUUUCCUCUACUCCUGAACUCAAGCCUCCUGUCCCCACAGCCCAGCCUGUUACCCUGGAGCCCAUUCCACAAACCAAUCACCAAAGGAGACGAAGGGCUACUGGGAAGCAGGGUUCCUGUACAGUUCCCGUUGGCCAUAAGUCUUAUUCUGCCCCCUCUGAACCUGAGUCCCAAUCUUCAGCCAGCCAAAGCUCAGAGUCAUCAGAAGUAGACUCCUCCCGUCAAAAACGUCCCCGGAGACAAGUCUCCCAGAAAACCAUAGUUGUCAAGGAAGAAGAUCUUGCAGAAAUAGAAGUGAAGGAAGAGCCUCAGGAGACAGCAAUUCCAACACCAGGAAAGAGAAAGAGGGACCGUGCAGAAGAAGAGACCCAGGGAAACCCAACUCGAAGCCGGCGAACUAAACCUAACCAAGAAGCAGUAGCCCCCAAGGUACUCUUCACAGGAGUUGUGGAUUCUCGUGGAGAGCGUGCGGUGCUGGCUCUGGGAGGCACUCUGGCCAGUUCAGUAAAUGAGGCCUCCCACUUGGUUACUGACCGCAUCCGCCGAACAGUCAAGUUCUUGUGUGCCCUGGGGAAGGGAAUUCCCAUCCUGUCCCUGAACUGGCUGUAUCAGUCCCGAAAGGCUGGUUGCUUCUUGCCACCUGAUGACUAUUUGGUGACUGAUCCCGAACAAGAGAAGAAUUUUAACUUCAGCCUUCGGGAUUCCCUGAGCCGGGCUCGGGAACGAAGACUACUGGAGGACUAUGAGAUUCAUGUGACCCCUGGAGUGCAGCCACCCCCACCUCAGAUGGGGGAGAUCAUCAACUGCUGUGGAGGCACUGUCCUGCCCAGCAUGCCCCAUUCCUACAAGCUUCACCGAGUUGUCAUAACUUGCACUGAAGACCUACCUCGCUGUGCUAUUCCAUCUCGCCUAGGGCUGCCCCUCCUUUCUCCUGAGUUCCUCCUGACUGGAGUACUGAAGCAGGAAGCCACACCAGAGGCUUUUAUCCUCUCUAAUUUGGAAAUGUCUACCUAAAAAAAAAAAAAAAUGUACCUCUACUCUCUGACCAGCAAACAGUCCUAGAAAACACUUGGAAAAAGGAACACACAUACACAAUUAAGACAGGGCAAAGUGGUUCACACCUUUAAUCUCAACACUUGGGAGGUAGAAGGGAUUGUAUAUUUUUGAGUUCGGGGCCAGCCAGAGGUACAUAAUGAGACCCUAUCUCAAAAACCAAGUCAAAACAACAAACCUCAGGGGUUCAUUAAGGCUUAAGGUGUAUUGUAUUGCUGUAACUGCUUAGGGAAUGUGAAUAAGAUCUUAGAAGUUUUGAGGGAAAAUAAGGGAAGUUUUUUCCUAAGAUAAUCAUUUUUUUAGUUGGCUCCCUCGAGCUGGGGUGUAGCUCUGUACAGAGCACCUGCCAUCAGCCCAGCCGUGCUCUGCUGCUCUGCAGUCUGCAGCCAUCAGCCUGGCAUGCCCUACAGUCUGCAGCUGCUCUGAUGGAACUGUUCAGGCUCAGCACCCUGAUUCUACUCCCUGUUCGGAAGCCAGCAUUUCCCCUUUUCUUCCCAGGAUUCUUACUCAACAUGAGCCAGUUUCCAGGAGUGCCUGGUUGAGAAGAUGAGGGUGCUCACGGGUGUGGUUAGAAAGGGCUUUAGUUUUGCUGCACUUACUCUGCUUUCCAGUGUUUGCAGUUAGCUUUGGUCAUCUCCAGUAGGUCAGUGCUGACACUGCCUUCUUGAUUGAUGGGUUUGAACUUGCACUGCAUUUAUUAUUAUUGAUUUAGAGAAAAUUAUAUUUGCUUUAUAAAGUUGGCCACUGUGCAGCAUGUGGAGAAUGUAGAUACUGCUGGUGUUUGGCUUGUCCUCUGCAGUAAACAGUACCAAAGUUCCUUUAAAGUAAGUGCAGAGCUAGGCACGGGCAUUUCCUGUAGUCCCAGUUCUUAGGAGGCUGAAGCAGGAAGGUCACAAGUUCCAGUUCAGCCUGGGCUACAGAGUAAAAGCCUGUCAUCUUGAAAGAGUCUGGGCAUGGUGCAUCCCUUUAAUCCCGGCACUUGGGAGGCAGACACAGGCAGAUCUCUGAGUUCAAGGCCAUCCUGGUCUAGAGAGUGAGUUCUAGAACAGUCAGGGCUGUUAACAGAGUAAACCCUGUCUCUAAAGAGAAGGGAAAAUUUUUGUUUGUUUUUUGCAAUUUUCUUUGGUCAUCUCUAAGGUAAGUUAGCACUCAGUAUGCCUGUCUGAUCACCAUUAUGACCCAGCAGUACUGUCCUGCUUCCCUUUGGGAGUUCUGAAGCAAAGAAAACUUUUAAACAGUGUUUAGUGUGUAAUCCCAGCAGUCAGAGAUAAAGGCAAGUGGAUCAGAAGUUCAGGGUCAGCUUUGGCUACAUAGCAAAUUGGAGGACAGUCUAAACUACAAAAGAUUCGAAAAUGAAAAGCACUUGAUUAAUAUUCUAUCUUUUUGGUUGGGCUGGGAUUGAACCUGGCGCUUGCUUUAUGCAUGUUAGGCAAAGCCUCUACCACUAAACCUGAUUCCAAGCCCCUCAUCCCUUUUCAUAAUAGCCAAAUAUAGAAAAACUAUAUUUCAUUCAGCAAGGACGAACAUAUAAAUAUGCUGUCUGCACAGAAAAAAAGUUCAGACAUGAAGUGAAAACACAGUAUUUGAGGGUGUCUGGUCAAGGACACCCUAACAGAGCAAGACACAAGGGACAGGUUUUGAGUCCACCUGCAUAAUAUAUCUAUAAUAUGUGAAUUCGCAAAGAUAAGAGCAAAUAGAUGCUUGCAGACUCUGAGUACACAGAAGCUGUUCAAGAGUUCGAGUGUUCCACUGUGGGGAGUUGAAAGACUUGGAGUCAGAAAGACGAAGUGAUUGUACAUAGUGCAGAAUAUUUAAUAUUACUGUAUAAAAGGGUUUUUUUGCUUUGUGAAUUUCACUUCAAUAAAAAAUAUUUGCUUCCUAC